AGAUCAUGACAUACAAAGCAUUCCAUAAGCAAAGCCGCCCGGUCACGAACCAUGGCGAAUUCUUGCUGCUACGUCUGUUUUUCCCGAGGGGUACAGAGCACCUCGUGUUCAAUCAUCGCUUAAAACAAAUCAUUCAGUCGUUGACACGACGACCGACUUUCAGACAGUACCUCUGUCCACGAGCUGCAAGCCAUCACUCCCAGGAUUAUUUUCUUUGCCCGUGGGAAGAAAUGUGGAAAUUAACAUGUAGAUGUUUCCAGGAAUGAAAGGCAGCCACACACUAGUCUGUCCAUGCGCAUGAAAUGGGCAUAAGCCUGGGUGAUCACUUGGGAUCGGUGAGGUGAUACAAAACGAAUUCAAGCUGUUAUUAAUAAUAAUUUGGAUGAUGGAUCAAACAUUUGUUCGACUGCCAUCUCAUGCGAAAAAGCUGGAGUGAGAUGGAUCUUCUAGCCAAUACUUAUUAAACCGACAACAGCGAGCGUCGUAAACUAGCCAAUAUGAGAUGGAUGAAGAAGCAGGGCUUCAGGUCCAUUGGAAUCACCACCCACUCAGUAUUCGGUAUGCCUAAUAUGGCAUCUCCAAACAAUAUUGUCUUAUCAAAAUUAGCUUCUGGGACCAUUUACAAAAAGAAAUUCAUGGGUCACUAAAUACCUGCAGCGCAAUUCGGGUGAAAGAGAUAAUAUUCCCAACACAGCACCAAAAUCGCGAACGACAGUCAUGACAUGGAUUUGCUAAACUCAUCAAAGGGAAAUGGACACGGAGACCCCUGUCACUAGUCAAAGACCGCGGCCAAGCUCCUUCAUCCACGCUGAUUGGGGCGACGGAUUCAGCCGCCUACUCUGUUUAGCAUCUGGCUCCCGCACCUGCGAACCCGAAGUCGAAGCUCCAAGACCGUCUAGCUGUUCCCAGCUUUCUUUCCUACCAUUUAUUGUCAAAUUGUAAAUGUCUUGAACUGAAUCCAAAUAUAAGACUAUUGUCCAUUCAUCAAGCGCCACCUCUUCUACUGUGGCUACCAAGCCAGUACUAUACCAAACUCUACGGAGUACGCCUGCCGAUAUUACUAUAUGCCCCGCGUUUAAGAAAACUCGAGUAACGAGGACUAAAACUAUCCGCUCCACCUGGCGCCUAUUGUUCCAUCACUCUGCUUUCCGUCUCAUCUCCGGGCUCAGCUUCCUUACCUUAUCACGCUACAGUAAUAUGAAGGUCGCAAGGCGAUACUGAACGCAAAUUUAGUCCAGAAAGUCGCAUUUUACAUUUGAGUUUGUCUUGUUCAGCAUCCCUAAAGGUUGACCUACAACUUGGCGUAUCUUUCGAUGGUCAUCAAAAAACUACCCCUGUUCAUCGGGAUUCAUCCUCUUGUAUGAGAUAUGAGAUUCACUGCGUGGCUCUGCUUUUAACCCUUUCUUCAUACCCUAUUCUUUACUUUACAGACCUCGAUCCGAAAAUAUCCCAAUGGCGCUACGGUGGAUAAUCGCGACUACAGCCUUUUCUGCGCUUUGGAAGGGGACCACUUCACAAGGACCCCAGGUUGAGGUUAAUAAAACCAUUGCUACUUGGCCUCUCUUAAGAGCGAAUAUCAUCCGCGAUACAAUUUACCUCGAUGGUGGACAAAUGUCUUGGCAACGGGGCUACUCGGAUGGUACCUAUGGACAGUUUGAAAUAACCAAUCUUGCCGAUGGCUAUGCCUUCACACUUAACUUGUCUGUCCCAUUUGACACUACAAAAGUUCACUGGACAACCCUUUUCGGCAAUAUGUCAAGUGUUUCGGGGGCUGCCAAUAAUAUUUUCCCAAACUUCUUCUCGGGAACGAUGUUUGCAAAUGAUUAUAUGUUCUAUUUAUAUGGCGGCCUCACUACAAUCACGGAUACAAGUAGCCCUCCCGAGGCAGAUAGAGUACUAGCAUAUGAACGAGACCAGUAUGGCCCUGCGAGGAUCAGAUGGAGGCCUGGAUUCCGUUUUGAUAGAACGAACAACGGUGUCACCCGCUAUAUUACCCACGGUGCCGGGGUCUCAGUGCCGAGUGAGAACAAGGGCUUUUACUUCAGUGGAAAGCGUGGAGUGAACUGGGGAGAAAUUCAAAAUCCUGUGCCGGCUGCGAAUAUAACUGCAAAUAGCCUAAUUUCUAUCGAUAUGUCCAAAAUGAUCGAUCCAGAAUGGUCAAAUUCCAGCUUUCCAGAUUUUAUUCCGGGUCGGGCUGCUGGAGAGUUGGUAUGGAUUCCGGUUUCCACAUCAGGAGCGCUUAUUGCGAUAGGCGGAGUGCCAUACCCCCAAGACAUCUCCGUUACCCCAGCAGAUAAUAUCAUGCGUGACAUAAGGGAGAAUAAUCGAACGGGACCCGGGUUCAUGCGCAGCGUGCCCAUAUAUGAUAUUGGCAACGGGAAGUGGUAUAUGCAAAAUACCACGGGAGAUUAUCCACCAACGUUGGCUCAUUUCUGUUCCAUUGUUGCCGCGGCACAGGAUGGUAGUUCGUACAAUGUUUAUAUUUACGGAGGCUACAGUGGUAGCGACUAUUCGGAAUUUUCUUACGAUAAUGCUUACAUACUUUCGGUCCCGUCCUUUACAUGGAUCCAUGCAUAUGAUGGAGAUAGGAGAGUAGGCCGCCACGGACACAAAUGUGUUAAAACAUAUCCCGAUAAAAUGUUUGUGAUUGGUGGCGUGGAGCGAUAUGUGGAAGAUCGAAUACCUAUAAUCCGUGUUUUCAACCUCAAUACUUUAAGGUUCCAAGAUACCUACCAUCCAGAAGAAUGGAGUGAGUAUGAAGUGCCAAACUUGGUGACCGCGAAGAUUGGUGGAAAUGCCAAGGGUGGUGCAACAACUCUUGAACCUUCGUCGUGGGGUCAUGACGAUUUACGUGACUUAUUUGGUACCAAGUAUACGAAACCCAUCGAGACUUACUAUCCCUACCCUCUGUAUAACUCUUCCAGGCCAAGCCCUACAAAGCCACCCGAAGACACCAACGGUGGUGGUGGAAAUGGUAGCGGGCUUCCCAAAUGGGUUGCUCCAGUGCUGGGUGUUGUUUUGGGCCUGAUAUUUGUAACAGGCCUGGCUGUACUUUGGCUCCUAUGGCGCCGGCGACGGGAUAGGGUGUAUGCAAGCAGCGAAGGGGUUAUCAGUGAUAACAGGAAACGGAUUAUGGGGUGGAUGUACGGAAUGGGCUUACCGACCCAGAAAACCAAUAUGACAAUGGCCUCUACGGAGAUUGGAAUCAAUGACAAACAUACGUCAGCAGCUGCGUUUUCCGAAGUGGGCGAUUCAGUGACAACUGCGGCUCCGCAUUCGGGAAUGGUGUAUUCAGACCCAAAGGCACAAGAGGCUGGUGGGGCGCAGGUACAUGAAAUGCAAGCUGGACAUGUCUCUGCGCCUCUUGAACUACCAACGGAAUACAAUGUCGCGCCCACCACAACUCGCGCACGAGUAGUUAGCGACGCUUCAACCUUUAGAAGUCCAGUUUCCCCGGAACCUCCUUCACCCCAGCCAAAUCCAACUUUUCCUUCCCAACCUACCCAUGGCCGGAAUAACUCGUCUCUCUCGAGCACUGCGUUCAACCUUUCCACCAGUAACGCCCCAAUAACGGAAGAACAGAGUUCGCAGAGACGCGGAUACGUAUCUGGGUUUACUGAAGACCUCCCAAAUCCAGAGCCUGAGCCGACGGGCCGCACGAGCAGGCUUUCAUGACGCUAUUUCGCCAAUUAUUUUCCUUCUCCUUUCAGUCGGUAUUUUCCGCUUUGAUUCUAAUCUUUUAUGGCCGAUCUAUAAAUGCUUUGCAUUACGGUGAUGGAUAUGAUUUUCGCAUUAUAUUUUACGUAGUUCCUCUCAAGCCGCGCCGAAUUUGCCCGGAGUUUCUAACCAAGUCGAUAUAUAUCUCGGGGGUAGUUUCCCACGUCUCGGCAAUUCCCGUAUUUUGCCAACUCUGUCUACCUACACUCCAUUCCUGUUUACUCCCUACCUCAUCCCAAUCAUUUAUUCCGGAAACUGGUUUUAUAGUUGAAGAUUUAGGUUUGCACUUGCCUCGAGAGAUAUUUCCCGGCUAGCUAGCGCAUUAUAAAUCGGGAUAUGCAUUCUGAUAUUGCCACUGGGAACAGGUAGUCAAGAUUGAUAAUACAAAGGCUAGAAUGAAUAAUAUUAAUCCUGUGUUACUGUAGUAGAAGAGAUAAAUUCCUCGCUCCUGAUCUUGUCCUACUAAUAAUGGACUUAUGACGUUAAAAGCAUGUAUUACAGUUCUAGUGCCGGGUAAUCUAACAGGAACUACUUUUAUCUUACCUUGCAAACUCGAAAACGAGAAUAUAUUGUUAUAUCGAUAGAUACCAUAAAUGCAAAAUGAAAUCCAGUA